UAUGCUGGGUCCGGAUGCCGGGAGCGGAAUCUCGGCACUCCCGGAAGUGGCCUGGAGGCGGCGCGCCAGGCCCGAGCGGUGCUCCCUCCUGCUCGGGCCGCUGCGGCCCCGGGCGUCGCCAUGACCAGCGAGCUGGACAUCUUCGUGGGGAACACUACCCUUAUCGACGAGGACGUGUAUCGCCUCUGGCUCGAUGGUUACUCGGUGACCGACGCGGUGGCCCUGCGGGUGCGCUCGGGAAUCCUGGAGCAGACGGGCGCCACGGCAGCGGUGCUGCAGAGCGACACCAUGGACCAUUACCGCACCUUCCACAUGCUCGAGCGGCUGCUGCACGCACCACCCAAGCUACUGCACCAGCUCAUCUUCCAGAUUCCGCCCUCCCGGCAGGCACUACUCAUCGAGAGGUACUAUGCCUUUGAUGAGGCCUUUGUUCGGGAGGUGCUGGGCAAGAAGCUGUCCAAAGGCACCAAGAAAGACCUGGAUGACAUCAGCACCAAAACAGGCAUCACCCUCAAGAGCUGCCGGAGACAGUUUGACAACUUUAAGCGAGUCUUCAAGGUGGUAGAGGAAAUGCGGGGCUCCCUGGUGGACAAUAUUCAGCAACACUUUCUCCUCUCUGACCGGUUGGCCAGGGACUAUGCAGCCAUCGUCUUCUUUGCUAACAACCGCUUUGAGACAGGGAAGAAAAAACUGCAGUAUCUGAGCUUCGGUGACUUUGCCUUCUGCGCUGAGCUCAUGAUCCAAAACUGGACCCUUGGAGCCGUCGACUCGCAGAUGGAUGACAUGGACAUGGACUUAGACAAGGAAUUUCUCCAGGACUUGAAGGAACUCAAGGUGCUAGUGGCUGACAAGGACCUUCUGGACCUGCACAAGAGCCUGGUGUGCACUGCUCUCCGGGGAAAGCUGGGUGUCUUCUCUGAGAUGGAAGCCAACUUCAAGAACCUGUCCCGGGGGCUGGUGAACGUGGCCGCCAAGCUGACUCACAAUAAAGAUGUCAGAGACCUGUUUGUGGACCUCGUGGAGAAGUUUGUGGAACCCUGCCGCUCCGACCACUGGCCACUCAGCGACGUGCGGUUCUUCCUGAAUCAGUAUUCAGCGUCUGUCCACUCCCUCGAUGGCUUCCGACACCAGGCCCUCUGGGACCGCUACAUGGGCACCCUCCGCGGCUGCCUCCUGCGCCUCUAUCAUGACUGAGGCCCCUCCCAAUGUCCCGCCCACACUGACAAUAAAGUUGCCCUGAGUUUGGA